UUUUUUAAUGUCAAGGUGGGCUUUUCAAAAGGGGGCUUCAUUCAAUUCCCCUUCCCGGCCCCCCAAUUCUAGGAAUUUAUAAAGAUUUUUUUUUUUUUUUACCAGUUUGGCACGAACCUUGAAUGGUUGCCUGUAUGAAAGGGCCGCUUCUUUAAAAGCUCUUGGGCUUUUUCUGCAUCUUUUCUUUCCCCAAAGAGCCCCCCCCCCACCGCUUCUCCAUCCAUCCAUCUACCCACCCAUGCCAAAAAACACCCACCGCCUAUUGGGAAGCUGGCCGGUGCCCCCCAGCCACCUUCCCCAGGUCAGGAGCAGCAGCAGCAUUGUCAUGCCAGGAGGUGCCCCCUUGUGUUGGGGGGGCCCAGGACGCGGGCAAAGCCAGCCCCCCCUCUCUUAGCCUCUCCUCCCCCAGCCUGCUGAUGUGAGAGCCUCUGCUUGUCCUUCCCUUUCUCCUUGUCCUCCUCCCUGCGUUGUCCCCCCCCCCCCACCCAAGCUUCAUGCCCCCCUGAAGAACAUGGAGGUGGUGGGGGAUUUUGAAUACAGCAAAAAAGACCUGAUCGGGCAUGGAGCUUUCGCCGUGGUCUUUAAGGGUCGGCACCGCAAGAAAACGGACUGGGAAGUGGCUAUAAAAAGCAUUAACAAAAAGAACUUGUCGAAGUCGCAGCUCCUGCUUGGGAAGGAGAUAAAAAUUUUGAAGGAACUGCAGCAUGAAAAUAUUGUGGCCCUGUAUGACGUCCAGGAAAUGCCCAACUCUGUCUUUCUCGUAAUGGAGUAUUGCAACGGUGGAGACCUAGCAGAUUACUUGCAAGCCAAAGGAACGCUCAGCGAGGAUACCAUCCGGGUCUUCCUGCAGCAGAUUGCGGCUGCCAUGCGCGUUCUCCAUGGCAAAGGCAUCAUCCACAGGGACCUGAAGCCGCAGAACAUCCUGCUGUCGUACGCCAGUCGCAGGAAGUCGAACAUCAGCGGCAUCCGCGUCAAGAUAGCAGCUGACUUUGGGUUUGCCCGUUAUCUCCAGAGCAACAUGAUGGCGGCCACUCUUUGCGGCUCCCCGAUGUAUAUGGCACCGGAAGUGAUCAUGUCCCAACACUACGAUGCUAAAGCCGAUCUGUGGAGUAUAGGCACGGUCAUCUACCAGUGCCUGGUUGGGAAGCCACCCUUCCAGGCGAAUAGUCCUCAGGAUCUGCGAAUGUUUUACGAGAAGAACAGAAACCUCAUCCCGAGCAUCCCCAGGGAAACGUCAGCUUACUUGUCUGAUUUGCUUCUGAACUUGCUUCAGCGAAACCAGAAAGACAGAAUGGACUUUGAAGCUUUCUUCAGUCACCCGUUCCUGGAUCAAGUUUCAACGGUCAAAAAAUCUUGUCCUGUACCUGUGCCAGCACCUGCUGGUUCAGUCUCUGGUGGAUCCUGUGGUAGUUCUCCUUCCUGCAGGUUCGCUUCUCCCCCAUCCCUUCCAGAUAUGCAGCACAUCCAAGAAGACAACCUGUCCUCGCCACCCUUGGGACCUCCGAAUUACCUUCAGGUGUCCAAAGAUUCCGCCAGCACCAGUAGCAAGAAUUCCUCCUGCGACACCGAUGAUUUUGUCCUCGUUCCGCACAACAUCUCUUCCGACCAGUCGUACGAUCUCCCACUGGCAGCCAUGGGCCGAAGACCCUCCAGCGAGUUCCUGAUCUGCGGAGGGCAGUGCCAGCCUUCUGUCUCCCCCCGGAGCGAAACGGUGCCCAUCCCAGUCCCGACUCAGCUACGGAACUACCAGCUCAUAGAGCAGAACCUGACGUCGGCCACGAGCCCGGGGUCAAACCCCCAGGGGUCACCAAGAUCUGGGGCUGUGCGGCGGUCAAACACCAGCCCUUUGGGCUUCCUCAAGACCGGCUCCAGCUCCCCGGUACCGGCUGACACCGUCCAGACUGUGGGGCGCAGACUAUCCACCGGCUCUUCCAGACCGUACUCCCCCUCACCGCUAGUUGGUACCAUACCUGAACAACUUGGGCAUUGCUGCUGCGGGCAGCUUCAAGGGCACGAAAUAAGGGGCCGAAGUUCUUCAGGUUCCUCGGCAACGCAGUCCCAGUCUCCACAGUCCCUCCUGUUGACAGGAGCUCGACUGCAAAACACGCCCACCCUGACGGACAUUUACCAGAACAAGCAGAAACUUCGGAAGCAGCAUUCGGAUCCCAUCUGCCCAUCCUACACAGGCUGCAGCUAUGGCCAUUCGCCCCAGCCCACCCGGCCGGUCAGUCUGGGGACGUCGCCCACCAAACACAUGGGGUCAUCUCCGCGAAGCUCCGACUGGCCUUUCAAAACUCCCCUGCCGACCAUCAUUGGCUCUCCCACAAAGGCGACGGCUCCUUUCAAAAUCCCCAAGACCCAAGCAUCCUCAAAUUUGGUGGGCCUCAUCAGUCGACAGGCGCCCUCGGACCUCUUGCUGCUGCAGCCGAAGGACAUGGGGGAGGCCAGAGAGCCCACACCCUUCCACGCCGCGCAGAGUAGUGACAAGCAGGCGAGAGAUCAACACGGAAAGACGGCCUUUGGCAGGUCUGUAAGUACCAGCAAGCUGUCGGACCAACCAGCAAAGGCUCCCCUUAGCAGCCAGCUCUACCAGGGCAGCACUGACAGCCUUAAUACCGAGCGGCCGAUGGAUACAGCUCCCCCAGGGGCCUGUGGCACCACUGGAGGACAUCCAUCCAUGCCAGUUGGAGCCAGUUCCAGGGCAGUGAUGUUCACUGUAGGAUCUCCUCCAAACAGUGCCACGCCUCCGACCUGCACCCACAUGGUUCUCAGAGCUCGGACGAUGUCAGUUGGCUCUAACAGCUCCGGAGGCUCCCUGUGUUCUACCAGUGGCCGGAUCCUGAUGGGCUCCCCGCCUGGGAUUUAUAUGGGGUCCUCACCUCCUGGAGCUGAGGCAGCUUCUUGCUUGAAGUACAUGCCUUACGGCACGUCGCCUCCCAGCUUUGAAGCUCCAGAACUGCCUGAAGAAACUUUGAUGGAGAGGGAACACACGGACACCCUGCGCCACUUGAAUUUGAUGCUGGCCUUCACGGAGUGCGUGCUGGAUCUGACGGCCAUCCGGAGCGGCAACCCAGAGCUCUGCAACUCGGCCGUCUCCCUCUACCAGAUCCAGGAGAGCGUCGUGGUGGAUCAGAUCAGCCGGCUGAGCAAAGACUGGGGGCAAGUGGAACAGCUGGUCCUGUACAUGAAGGCAGCCCAGCUCCUGGCCUCCUCCUUACACCUGGCCAAAGCCCAGAUCAAAUCGGCCAAACUGAAUCUCUCGACUGCGGUGAAGCAAGUUGUCAAAAACCUGAAUGAGAGGUACAAAUUCUGCAUCGCCAUGUGCAAGAAGCUGACCGAAAAGCUGAACCACUUUUUCUCGGAUAAGCAGCGUUUCGUCGAUGAAAUUAACAGCGUCACGGCUGAAAAGCUCAUCUACAGUUGCGCAGUGGAAAUGGUCCAGGCAGCAGCCUUGGAUGAGAUGUUUCAGCAGACCGAAGACAUUGCUUACCGGUACCACAAAGCCGCGUUGCUGAUGGAAGGCCUCGCGAAGAUCUUGCAGGAUCCGGCUGACAUUGAGAACAUCAACCGUUAUAAAGCUAGUAUUGAACGGAGACUCUCGGCUCUGUGCUGCAACGCCGUCGCCGUCUACGAAUAGAAGACCAGCACCACCGUGCCCUAUUCCUGGGGGACCACACAGCGUAGCCAAAAUCUGAGCAUUUCCCAUUCCGAAGGAAAGUUGGCUUCUUUCAAAGGAAGAAAGGAAGAAGGGAAAAAAACAGUCCGUGAAACGGAGGGGGGAAAAAUUGCAAAGAACGUGGGGGGAGGAAAAAAAUUGCCCUUCGACAAACGUUUUGUCCAUCUUUCGUCUCACAGCCAGAUGGGGAAAUACCCAUUUCCACCGCAAUUUUAAUCUUGGCAAGCAAGCAACGAUUCGCCGUCUUCAUAGAUUACGAGAAAAAGGAGCCGGCGUCCUUCUCCGGAAAGAUUUCUUUCCGCCAAACUCCCCCAAAUUUUGGUUGCCGCUUCGGGAAACGGGACGGACGUUUGCAUCGCGGAACAAAAAGAAAAAAAAAACGAACGAAGGCGUCGACGUCGUUUGCUCUGGACUUGCAUCCCCGCGAAGCUUUGCAGCCGGGUGUGAGUGGCACGAAGACCCCGACUUCCAACCAUCAGGAUUGCAUUUUGCAAAAUAAAUAAAUAAAUAACUUGAGAAGGCAAAAUAACAGACCUUUUGAGAAGGUCAGUCGUAGACGUACGAGCUUGGUGUUUCUUCCCGAAUUCCCUCUCGCCCGAAUACUUUAUAUUGCACUAAUUUACUAAACUGUGUUUAUCGGUGGGGAUUAUUAUUAUUAUUAUUAUUUUAUUUUAUUUUGAUAAUUAAAAAAAGAAUACAGAAAAGGCACAACUUAUCCAUUCUUCCUGCCCGGGCAGAGAAGGGUAAAAGAUAAAUUCAUUAUUGACUCGUUGAGGGUGCAGGAGAGACAUCGCAAAAAAAUAACAAAAAAAAUCCUCUCGGACUUUAAACCUGCAGCUUUCUUAGCAGACGUUUUGAAGUUGUGUAGACGUGUCGUAAGGUGAAUUCUUUGGUUUUAUAGCCCUUGAUCUUAAUACUUGAGUAAAUACUCUUAAGAGUGGCAUUUUCUCGACCUUCUCAUCUUUUUAAAGAGGUUGUGCAGACUUCCAACUCCCAGAAUUCCCUACAUAGCCGGCUGGGGAAUUCUGGGAGUUGAAGUCUUAGCGUUGCUAAGAUGGAGAGAAACAAACUGACUUUCGAUAGCAUUCUGACCUGGUUUCCUGGCCUGUCCUAUAAUCCUGGCUUGCUUGGUUGCUUUCAUUCUUUUGUUGCAUGCCGGCUGCCACCUGGACGGAACAGGGUGCUUCUGUAGCAGAAGCUUUUCUUUAAAUAUACAUAUAUAUAUAUAUAUAU